CUGCUUUUAUAGAGACAGUACGGCCAAAAUAAGAAACUUGAUCAAAAAAUUUUAACCUCUGUUGAACUGUAAAAAAGCUUCCCAUUUUAUCAACAACAUGGAUUAAUCUAAUCCAAUCCAUCAAUAUUUGUCAACCCCAUCUCCAAAAUCAAAUCUUUAUGCUUUCUUCUAUUUGGUAUCUUCUUUUCUUGGAAACAUAUUUUGUUUGGGGGGUUUACUAGUAAUGGAUUAUGGUCGAGAUUCUAGCGGAGAUGUUGUCCAUAUAAUUCCCGGAAACCACGGAAGCGGAGGUGGAAAUUGGGGUUCGGGGUCUACGGAUCAGGCGGUUUGGGCAACUGAAGAAGAUUAUGGGGCUUGGAAUAGGGAGGCUUCGGUUGAUGGUAAUUCGAAUUUAGAUGGGAGGCAAUCUCAAACUCGAUCGGGGAGCGAACCUCCUAACAAAAAAUCAAGAAUCUUGCAGCCAGAUGUGCAAUCAACUAAUCGGUCAAAGGCGAUCGGAAAGAUGUUCUUCAAAACAAAGCUCUGUUGCAAAUUUCGAGCUGGAACUUGCCCUUAUGUCACUAAUUGCAAUUUUGCGCACAGUAUCGAAGAGCUUCGAAGGCCACCUCCGAAUUGGCAAGAAAUUGUUGCUGCUCAUGAGGAAGAACAAACUGCAAACGAGCCAAGGGAAGAAUUUCAAAUUCCUACACUUGGGUCUACUGCUUUUCCUGUGGAACCUCAGAGGUCUUCUAAAGGGCGACAUUGUAAGAAGUUCUUUACUGAAGAAGGCUGCCCCUAUGGUGAAAAUUGCAGUUUUCUACAUGAUGACCAAUCAAGAACUCGAGAAAGCGUGGCAAUAAGUCUGGGGCCUGGGUCUGGUGGUGGAUAUGGUGGGAGUGCUAAUGCUGGUGCCGGCAGCGGUGGUGUGAGUCCAUCUACAUUGAAGCCUUCAAAUUGGAAAACUAGGAUUUGUAACAAGUGGGAACAGACAGGUUUUUGUCCAUUUGGGAACAAGUGCCAUUUUGCUCAUGGGGCUGCUGAACUCCAUCGUUAUGGUGGUGGACUCGUGGAUAGUGAUGGAAAAGAAUUCUCCUCUCCUUCAGACACAAAGCAGGGGACGGGGCUUUCUAAAUCUCCGGGGGAUACCUUAGUUGCUUCCGUACCUUCAGUUCCUUAUGCAGACGGUUAUCACAUGGGAGGUUCAUCUCAAAGGGUCUCCAAUAUGCCGAGGGCAGGACCAAUUUUGAACCAAAAGUGGAAAGGUCCUAAUAAAAUUAGUCUAAUCUAUGGUGACUGGAUCGAAGACCUUGAGUAAAAUCAGAAGUUGCAGCAAAGAAGGAAUCUGAGUAGGAGUAACGUAUCUUUUAAAUGAAGAUAAACCUUAAAACAGAGUGAUGUGUCUCUUAGACGAAGAUAAACGUGCUAGGGUUUUUAAUCAAGACUAAACGUGGGCUUGAAAGUAUGUUACAUGGGAUGUUGAAGUUCGGUUUUUGGUUCUUUAUUACUAGACUUUCAUGCUUGUGGUUUACUUU